AUGUGGGCCGCGUUAGCGAUGUGGGCCGCGUUCGAGAGCCUGGGCAAUGUCGCACGCUGCAUGCAUACCGUGAAUCGCGUCGCGGCGCCAAUCCUUGAAGCCUCCGUCAAUGCUUCGGCUAUUCCUUCCGCGGCCGAAAUCCAUAAUGCAGAUCCGCCAAGCGCUCCCGUGGCCAACAUGCACGCGCACAUCCCCACAUGGAGCACCCCACACGUGCAGCCUGUGGUUUUUGGCACGCGUUUGCCCGCGUUUCACCCACAGCAACUGGUCAACGGGCUCCACCUAGCACCGCGGACACAGAUACCGUUUGCAUCGGCGACGGUCGCGUUCCAUGCCCAGCAGGAUGAUUUGAACUCGCGUGGAGUAUCCACGCCGCAUCCCGGACAAAGGCUUGCUGAACACCAGACCGCGUACGCGUCCAUGCCCUCAAGCCAGCUCUUUGGGAUGCCCGUGCGUGGCUUCGUAGGGCCGCAGUACGGGAAUGUGGGAUUCAGGUACGGGUACAUCGGCGUUCAACCGGACCCCAUGCUGAACGCGCCCGAAGCUGUCGCGACGCCUCCGGUCGCGCCGUCAACCCCAUUCCCCAGCGCGAUUCAACCGGAAAUCCAGGCACCAUUGCAAGCCCCGUGUGACCGCAUAGAACCAUUACAGAUGGGUGUGGACACCCCUGCGCGUGCAGACGGCCCUUCGACGGUCGCGGUUCCCGAUGGUUCAGUGCGUGCGGAGAAUGUUGGAGCGGGGAUGAAUGCCAGCGCGCGUGCACAUUCGCCGACAAUUUGGAACGUGAACUCGCUGUUGCCGGGAAACCCGGACGUCCACAUCCGCACCCCCGCGCAACCGACCGCAGCGGACGAGAACUGUGAAGGUGAACAACCACAGGCGAACGCGCGGAACGCGGUACGAGUAGCGCGUGCAGGUGGUAACGCGGGAAGAGGGACUGGUGCAAAGGGAGGAAGGGGUGGGAGAGCGAACGCGGGACGUGGGACCGGUGUGGGACGGAACGGAGGUAGUGCGAACGGGCGGAGCGCGCCUGGGGUGUUAGGCAACGGAGGCAGAGAAACCGGUGGUAACGCGAGCGGCGGUACCGGGAACGUCCCAGUCAGUAGACCGCAAGUAAGGAGGCGGCGAGUCGAAGUCGCGCCUCACACGGCACGCCUCGGAUCGCGAGAGGGUAACGAGGGGGAAAGCGAUGAGGAUGACGAGGAGGACGCUGAAGAUGAGGAAGAUAGUUGGAAUGAAGAUGACGAAAACUACCUCUCUAACUCGUUGUCCGCGCUCAACGAGGGGGAGGAGGAAGACAACGAACGAGUGCGGGCCACGCUGAAGAAAUAUCGCGGUUGGGCAAGAGAGUACAAGCUCUUCAUGGCGCACGAGCUGCCGAAGCUGGACGCGAAUAGGUUCGGUGAGGAGGCCGCGUUGGAAAACGUGAACCCCGACGAGAUCGGGGCCGGCCUCGAGCAGGACAUAGGUGGUGACUGGAAGAUGACGAAGGGCGACGAGCAGUGGUUCCACGGCCCUGAGACGAAUCCGUGGAGGUUACGCAAAUACGUGACCUUCCUCGCGAACGAGACGGUCGCACAGGCGGACAGGAUGGCCACACUCAAGCGGCCCGACAAGACCCUGAAGAAGAGACGCCAGUGCUCCCCUGCAAUGCUGAUGGGGCGUCUCAAGGCUCUGAACAUGCUCAUCAAGCUGGACGGGGCCAUCUUCAGGAAGCCGGUUCUGAAUCUCCUGCGCGACUUUGCGGAGUGUCGCAUCUGGGUCUGCGUUCAAGUCCGCGACCAGUACAAGCGGUUCAUCGCGGAACACAUGGAUCGCCAUCGGGGCACGGCCGCGGACACGUACAACCCGGACGAGUUCAAGAAGAUGAUGCGGAAAACCAGCAUGGCCGCCAUCGUGAGCAGCUUCACACUAGCCAAGCAACAGUACACGCAGGCAAUGCAUCGCGACCUCUGCAUCAGGACGAUGACGCUCCUCGGUCAUCACACACUAGCUCGCGGGUGCACGAUCCGAAACCUCCAGCUUCCAGACAUGAUGAUGUGGAAGCUGGGCGCAAAAUCCGAGACGGAUCCAGUGCGGAAUGCGUUCGCGUUUGUCUGCGCGUGCAGGACGGGCAAGACAAACAAGGACUUCUCGCUCAACUACAUCUCGGCAGUGAGACACAUUGAUUGGACUCUGUGCGCGGUCGGAGCCACGCUGCUAUGGCUGCACUGGGUGUACGACUUGGUCCCUAUCCUCUACGGGGACAUAGCCCCCCCUCUCGACUUCACGGAACCUUCGACGUGUACCAGGAUGGACGCGCAGAACCAAGUGGCCUGCCUCACUGAGUACCUGACACGUUCACAAGCGGACAACACCAGGUUGGCCGUAGAGCUGGCCGCGAUCCAGAGACGGGUGAAAGAGCUGGAGGGGCUGCUGGAAGAUCGCGACCGGAGGCUGGCUGAGAAGGACGAGCGCGUGAACGACCUGGAAGCCCAGCUGUCGCGUCUCACCGUGAGCAGCUCAGGGCCGACCGCGGAUCCGAGACCGGCAAACACUCCUGGAGCCGCGGCCGCGCCCACCAAUUCCGCAACCCCCACCGACCAGGGGACGCGUAAGAAGCCAGCACAGCCGACCAGGGAUGAGACUAUUCGGGACGCGAUCAUGAAACCAUGGGUGAACGCGACCAAGCCGUCGGACGGAUGGAAGCUGUACAAGUCCACGCACGCGCUGGUAGGCGAGAGUCCAGAGUCGCUACUGGCCCAACCCCGUGGUGCAGUUACGCGAAUGGCCGAGCUCAUGGGGAAGGAGAAAGGCGGCCAGAACGCCGCCCAAAACGCGAUAAACCGUGUGAAGCGAGUUAUGGACUUCAUCUCCCGUAGGGUGGAGCAGGGAGACAACAUCGCGGUCGUGCUCGAGAAACUCGACAACGUGUCCCGAUCUGUGGGCAUGUCGGGUGUGUCGGAAGGGAUCGCGGUGAAGAAGAAGAGUGUUGACUCGUCGCUGAGCGAGCUGAAGAAGGGUACCCCUGCGGAGGUGCAGUUGCGGGUUAAAUGGAUGCUUGUACGCGACCGCCUCAUCGAUGCCUCGCUUCCCGCGUCUGAGUUUCCGGUCGCGUGGCUUCAGUACUGUGACCAGAUGCCUCCGCUAGCUUAG